GCCCUCACAGGCAGACAGACAAAGCUGAGAGCAGUUGAUAACAGCUUUGUUACUGUCAUUUUUCAACAUCUCAGCUGCUGUUCAUUUUUAUUUAAUUAUAAGGUUGGAAAUCUGUGCUCACUCGAUUAUGAGGGCAUCAGGAGUCAGGGACAAACUUUUGAAUUUCUGCUAUUUCUCUCAUAUGUGAGAAAUGUCAGCUGCUCCUCAUGGAUGUCAACAUAAAAUGUAGCAAUGCUACCUCGCUCCUCGAGUGCUAUGAGGAGUCAUCAGGUCCUCUUGCUCUGAUUAUCAUUCCUUCUCUGUUAGCUCUCAGCACAGUUUUAGUGGUGACUCUGAUCUUCUGCAGUCUCCACAAGAACAAACAAAGAGGACAGAGCCCCUUGCCUCAUUUUGCAAAUGGCCAGCAGAGUGUGUCCCUGACUGCAGCCUGUGUAAGCACUCCAAAGGUCCAGCAGGCUUUGUAUUCCUGGGAAAUCCCCGAAGAGUGUGUUCUUGAGGGACUAGAGUUUUGGCAGACAGGCCGCUAUGGCCCCAUUUGUAAAGGUCUGCUGAAGAAGAAAGAUGGUGCCUCCUCUGCUGUGGUGGUUAAAUGUCUUCGAGAUGGCCCCAACCACCCCGAAGCUAAGGAGUUUGUGGAGUGGCUCCUGUUCCAUGCCACAGUGUGUAAACAUGACAACGUGGUGCAGAUGUUGUACUGUCAGACCAAGCGUCUGCCCAUGUAUCUGGUCUUGGACACCUACAGCCCAGGGAACCUCCUUCACUUCCUCUGGACACUCAGAAAUAACUCCAUCAGUGCAGAUCCAUUACAGAACUUUUCUGAGAGGUCAGUGUUUCUGGUGGCGAAGCAGGUUGCAGCUGGCUUGGAUUACCUGAUGUCAGAACACAGGCUGGUGCACGGUGAUGUUGCUGCCAGGAACAUCUUAAUUGGCCCAGGCCUCUCAGCCCGGGUGUCUGGACUGGGUGUAGCAUUUGGAGGACGCAAAAUGGAUCCAGCAAUUAGGCAGAGGGCAACAGAGGUGCCUCUCAAAUGGCAGGCUCCAGAGAAGAUCAUGAUGCAGCUCAGUAUCGACAGGAGUGACGUGUGGUCAUUUGGAAUCCUACUGUAUGAACUGAUUACAUUAGGCUCUCCUCCAUACCCUGAGUUAGAGCCCCAGUCUGUCCUUCCAAAGCUCCAGGGGUCUUAUCGAAUGAAGAGACCAGAGAAUUGUGGAGGACCUUUGUAUGAUCUGAUGAAGUACUGUUGGAUGUGGAGUUUCAAAGACAGACCUGCAUUCUCAGCCGUCAUAAAGCUGUUGGAGUCCUCAAUCCACCUAGCAGCUAUUAAACCUCUUCAUGUUCCUGAGGUCAUAGACAUAUUUGAGUACAACAGAAAGGCAGGUCUGCUCUCAUAAACUCAUGUACAAACAAAUGUGGCAACAUCCAUUAAAAGGAAAUUAUCAACGUAUAAAGUUUGAGUUCUGUUGGAUAACUUCCAUUAAAUUUGAAUGAAUUAAUA